AUGGCCAAGGCCGAGCUCCUCCUCCUCGCCGUCGUGUCCACGCUCUCCGUGCUGCCCUUCUCCUCCCUCGCCGUGUACCAGGACUUCUGUAUCGCCGACCUAGCCGCCAGCGCCACGCCGGGCGGAUCUCCCCUGGGCUCCGCCAUCGUCACCACGUUCCCCGGCCUGAACGGGCUGGGCAUCUCCGCCGCGCGGAUGGUGAUGGUCCCGGGCGGUGCCACGCCGCUGCACUCCCACCCGGGCGGCACCGAGCUCAUCUACGUCGUCGAGGGCAGCGUCGUCUCCGGCUUCAUCAGCGCCGCGCUCAACAGGGUGUACACCAAGACGCUGUACGCCGGCGACCUGAUGGUGCUCCCGCGGGGACAGCUCCACUUCCAGUACAGCCACGGCAACGCCACGGCGGUGACGCUGUCCUCGUUCAGCAGCGACAACCCCGGCCUGCAGAUCCUCGACUUCGCGCUCUUCGCCAACGACCUGCCCACGGAGGUCGUGAACAAGGUGACCACCCUGGACGAACUGCAGGUCAUCAAGCUCAAGGCGCUGUUCGGCGGGGGGGCUAGGCGCACGCACUAUCUAUAUACCACAGUCAACAGUAUUGAGGCUUGA